AUGCUCACAAGUCCUUUAAAUCUGCCUAAGUGGCUCGAAGAGAACUCUCAUCUCUUGAAGCCUCCGAUUAACAAUUACUGCGUUUACAACAAAGAUGUGACUGUUAUGAUCGUAGGAGGUCCAAAUGCACGAACCGACUAUCACAUCAACGAAACCGCAGAAUGGUUCUUCCAAUACAAAGGAGCUAUGAUGCUUAAGGUGGUAGAUGAAGGCGAGUUCAAAGAUAUAAUCAUAGGUGAAGGAGAGAUGUUCCUGUUGCCACCCAAUACUCCGCACAACCCGGUUCGAUUCGCAGAUACGGUUGGAAUUGUCCUAGAGCAACCGAGACCGAAGGAUUCGCUAGACAGAUUGAGAUGGUAUUGUACCAGCUGUCGUGAGGUGGUGGAGGAAGCUGCUUUCCAUUGUACAGAUUUAGGCACGCAAAUCAAGGAAGCUGUGAAUAGCUUCAAGGACAAUGAGGAGAGAAGGAAAUGCAAAAAAUGUGGGACGGUUGCGGCAUCUGCACCCCCACCUGGAUCUAUCAAGGAUCCAAACCUCUCUUGA